AGUUCUCUUCCAGUACCGGUAUUGUCACUCAACCUUGCGUUCAUAGUUCUUAAGUUUGUCUUUCGAAGAGCCUCCCCAUUCACCAGUGUCGUAUCGAUCUGUACCUGCUACGUUGUAGCCUUGUCUAUUCAACCCAACCUCAAAAGGCAGAUCCAACAUGUACUAUGAUACUGAGUGCGAGACAUGCGAUCGUAAGUUUGGUAGCCAGCAAGCUGCUCUACAACACAUGAACGCACUAGACCACUGGGGCCCACGUUACGAAUGCGACACAUGCGAUCGAGAGUUCUUCACUCAGCGAUCAGUGGACCAGCACAUGGACGAUACAGGACACCGAGAGCCUCAAUUCGAGUGCGAAACCUGUAGCAAAAGAUUCUAUACCCAAGAGUCCGCCAAUCAGCAUAUGGACGCUCGUAACCACCACAAGCGACACUACUGCCACGACUGUAGCAGAACCUUCCAAAGUGAGAAUGCCAUGAAGAUGCACCUCAAUUCGAGCACUCACCGCGGCAAGAACGUCGCGUGCCCCUUCUGCAAAGCAGCUUUGACCUCGGCCAGCGGCCUUUCACACCACCUUGAGACUGGAUCAUGCGCACAAGCUAAAAACGUCAACUACCGCACGAUUUUUCAGGCUAUUAGUCAGCGCGAUCCCAAUUGCUUAUUGACGAAUAAGCUGCUUACCUACCCGGACUCCGACAUACAGAAUAUCGCAACAAGUGCAACCUGGAAUGGCUCCAGCUUCGAAUGCUACCUCUGUCAUCGAGAGUAUGCUACCCUCCAAGCACUGAACCAACAUCUAAAGUCGCCGGCCCAUAGCGAGAAGCUUUAUCAUUGCCCAAAUCGCAGCUGUCACGGCCAGUUUCCACGUUUGGCUUCGCUUUUCAGUCACCUUGAAAGUGAAUGCUGCGACUAUGUACGAUUUGAGAAGGUUCAAAAGCAUGUUCAAAAUUUCAUCAUGGGCCGACAGAAGCUGGUCGGCUUUGCGUAG